AUGCCAGCUCCAUACGAAAAAGGUUCUGCUAAGAAGGGUGCUACCCUGUUCAAGACCAGAUGUUUGCAGUGUCACACCGUUGAGGAGGGUGGACCACACAAGGUCGGUCCAAAUCUUCACGGUGUCUUCGGCAGAAAGUCUGGCCAGGCCGAAGGCUACUCAUACACCGACGCCAACAAGAGAAAGGGUGUCGAGUGGACCGAACAGACCAUGUCCGACUACCUGGAAAACCCAAAGAAGUACAUUCCUGGAACCAAGAUGGCAUUCGGUGGUUUGAAGAAGGCAAAGGACAGAAACGAUCUGGUCACCUACUUGGUCGAAGCUUGUAAAUAA